AUCAAUUCAACACUAUUAAUUAUGCUUGCAGCAUUUGCUUUAAAUAUUAAGCAAAAUAGUUGAAAAGCCAAUAAAAUUAGUAUGUAAUUUGUUGUUUUUGCUUUCAUGGCAAACCGUGAUGUAUUCUCCAAGAUCCUGCCAAAUGUCAAAUUGGCCACACGCUACGAUGCCGAAGGACGCGAAAUUCAGGUGGAGCGACGCGAGGAUUCGGAUGCCGAUGCUAAGGAGCAAGACACUUUUGAUAUCCUGGUAAAUGCCGGCUACUACAGGGCACGAAUCAAAGGUCUCUCGGCAUUCGAUAAAGUUGUGGGCGGAAUGACAUGGUGCAUCGAAUGCUGCGACUAUGACGUGGAUGUGGAUUUGCUCUUCCAUGAAAGUCUCUCAAUUGGACAGAAAAUAUCUUUGGUAGAGAAAAUUGUUUCAGUGCUGAUUGCCAUGAAGUGUCCACAUAGUUUGGAGCCGCAUCAAGUGCAGGGAUUGGAGUUUCUUGCCAUUCAUCCGGUUAUACAAUGGCUUGUUAAGACGUCGGUGGAGAAUCGUGCCGAACGUGGCCAGAGGUUGAAGAGAUUCGCCAUAGGUCAAUUCCAUAAUCAUUACCAGUAUAAGAGUGACAAAGAUAACCUCAAUAAAAUACGGCUGGCCUCUAAGAAUAUCAAAUACAUUCAGGAUCUCUACAUCCCUAAAAGACAAUACGAGCGCCAGGACACUUCAGGCGCCGCAGCUGACGAUGAUAUUUUAAAAGUGCGUCUCACUCUGAUGGAGUAUGGCGAGAUUCCUCCUACAUUUAAGUCGAAUAAAGAACGGAAAGCAACUUCGGCACCCUCUGAAGAUGAUCUAAUGCAACAUCUUCGCUCGUUGUCAUUGACCAAUGAAAACUUUUCUGCCACACAGAAGCGCAUUGAUUUAGAUCCCGCCAUGCGGAGUGCUUUGCAGGAACAUUAUGCUGAAUUCAAGCUGGAAAUGGAAACAGAUACCCAAGAGCUCAAAACCCAGAAUCAACAGAAACGCUUAGAAGCAGCAAAAAUAGCUCUAGAAAGUAAAAUAAAACGUUAUGAGAAAGAUAACGAGCAAUUGGAGAAAUCGCUUAAAGAUCAAAGCGAACUGACCACUCAAAAGGAAAAGGAACUAAAGGUUUUAAACGAUCAGUUGGAGGCUUGCAUGAAUACAGAGGAAAAGGCAGAUAAGAGCCUGUUGGCAAAGGUGAAGAGUCUGCUGGGAAAGCAUGACGAGCUAAAGAAAUCUGAGGCAGAAUUCAAGGAGAAUUGCCGUCAGGAUUUAGCUAAACUACAACAGCAAAUCGAAGAUUUGGAAGCUUUUAAUGCACAAGAUGCCGAAACUCAAGCACUUGCCUUAGAAGCAGAGGAGCAACGUUUAAAGGACUUACGUUUAAAACUAGCCAAGAGAAAUCGUGGCAUAGUGGCCAUUGAGCGUAAAUUGGAUGCAAUACCCGAUCGCACAGAAUUGGCUCAAUAUCAGCGACGAUUCCAUGAACUGUACAACGAGAUGAGUGCCAAACAUUUGGAAACAAAGCAAUAUUAUACAUUAUACAAUACCCUUAAUGACAAGAAAAGAUAUUUGGAGAAAGAGCUCUCGCUGCUCAAUUCAAUAUGUGAGGCCUACAACGAGGGAAUGAUGAGUCCCCACGGGCGUGAAGACUUCAUACGGCAAUUCGAGACGAUUGUUGAUGGAGUGAAAAGUGCCCAGGAUAAGGUGCGUCACAAAUACAAUGAGGAGCGUAUGCGACGCGAUGAACUCAACGAAGAGUUGCAAUCGCUGCUCGAACUGCAACGUCAAUAUGCCACAGCAGUGAAACAAUUGACACGCGAAUGUCAGAGAUGUGAGCAGCUGCAGCAACAUCUCAAGUCAAUUACGAAAAGGACAUAGUCUUUAGUCGCCUAGGGCAAAAAACACUCUGUACUUUAGUUUUUUAAUGUUCAUUUGUACGUUUGCUUGUUCGUUACUUAGUAGUAAUAUGGCUUAUCAUUAAAUUAUUUGCCAUGGCCAAAUGCUUUGGCUGUCAAUAUCAAGUAUA